AUGGGUUGUGUAGUAGGCAAGGGUUAUAGUUUCAUGACUCCGGAAAGACUUGAGAGGAUGAAAAAUGAGAAUGGUUAUGUUAAAGGAAAUGGAGUUGAAAAACAACGACGAAGAGAACAACAACAACAACAAAUGAGGGAUAUUGCUCGAAUUCGCGAUCAAGAAGGGAAUCAUGUAGAACUUGAUCAAGAAGAGAAAAGAAAUGGAAAUAAUGGAGUUAAAAUAGGAAUAAUUGAUAAUGGUAGGAAAAUAGGAGGAGACGAUCAAUUGGUGGAUGGAUGGCCGAAAUGGCUUGUUGAUAAUAUUCCUAAAGAGGUUUUGCUUGGUUUAGUACCAAAGACUGCUGAUUCAUAUGAAAAACUUGAUAAGGUAGGUCAAGGGACAUAUAGCAAUGUGUAUAAAGCUAGAGAUAGAAAAAGUGGGAAAAUAGUAGCCUUAAAGAAGGUUAGAUUUGAUACAAGUGAACCAGAAAGUGUGAAAUUUAUGGCAAGAGAGAUUAUAAUAUUGAAGAAACUUGAUCAUCCAAAUAUUAUAAAGCUUGAAGGAUUAGCUACUUCAAGAAUGCAUUAUAGUCUUUAUUUGGUUUUUGACUUUAUGCAAUCUGAUUUAACUAAACUUAUCAAUCACACUCAAGGAAUUAGACUCACUCAGCCUCAGAUAAAAUGUUACAUGGAGCAAUUGUUAUGUGGACUCGAACAUUGUCAUGAAAGAGGAAUAUUGCAUAGAGAUAUUAAAGGGUCAAAUUUGCUAAUAGACAAAAAUGGGAUACUAAAAAUAGGUGAUUUUGGACUUGCAAAUUUUUAUGAAAGAAAGACAAAGAUUCCCCUUACAAGUAGAGUUGUGACACUUUGGUACAGAGCACCAGAAUUACUUUUGGGUUCCACUAAUUAUAGUGUUGGAAUUGAUCUUUGGAGUGCUGGUUGUCUUUUGGCUGAAAUGUUUGUUGGAAGACCUAUUUUGCCUGGUAGAAAUGAGAUUGAACAACUUCACAAGAUAUUUAAGUUAUGUGGUUCACCGACAGAAGAAUAUUGGAAGAAAGUGAAGCCACCAACAACAUUUAGACCACCGCAACACAAGCCAUGUUUUGGGCAAAUUUUCCCAAAUUUGCCUCAUUCUGCUUUUCCCCUUUUAUACACACUUUUGUCCGUUGAGCCUCACUUGCGUGGCACUACUUCUACUGCCCUUCAAAAUGAAUUCUUUACAACAAGCCCAUUAGCAUGUGGGCUCUCUGAACUGCCUGUUUUCAAAGUGGAAGACGAUGGGCCGGCCCAAUCCAUUGAUAUCACAAGGAAAAGCAAGGGGAGUCAAGUAACCAAAGCCAAGAUAUGGUUGAAAGUAGUAGUAAUUCAUUUUCCUUAA